AUUUAAUCACGCUUGAUUUACCUAAUUGUUAAGUAGUAGCUUCUGAUUAUGAAUUAUACAGUGAUUAUCGAGUGAUCUACAGUUUUAUUUUAAACAACCACGCCCGGGCGUUACUUUAUAUGGCCCAGUCUGAAAGGUCUCGGAAGUGCCUUUAUAUCUAUCUACCUAGUUCAUAUGUCCCACAAUAUUGUUGCUCUAAAUAUCAUACGAAAUACGUAGGGAAACGAGCUUAUGUAACGGGCCAAAUACCGCGGGCAUUGAUAGUAUUCUGGGCAAUGAGUCUCACGAUUCUGAUGUGGGCAGCAGCGAGCAUAAUCGCAGAGACGAUCAGCCGGUUCUUCGACAACCCCUCGUACCUGACGCUCACGGAUUCCGACCAGAUCGCCAUCAAGUUCCCCUCGGUCGACAUCUGCCCCGAAGUCGAAUACCCUGACUAUAAGCUAAAGGAGUUUCUUGACACCCUGAAAAUACCACCUUCAAUGAACAAGUCACACAUCAGGUCGGUGUUGCGGCAGCUGGCCGCUUUCUACUCCCCGGAUAAGAUAUACAGUUUGGACGACUUGUUCAUGCUCGAGGCCUUGCUUAAGUACAACACGAUGGACGUAGGCACCGCCUCGCGACGACUCACUGUCUCCUGCGAGGAGGCACUUAUCAGGUGCCGUUGGAGGGGUGAAAUGAUGAAUUGCUCAGAAUUAUUCACGAUGGAGCUGACGGCGUAUGGAUACUGCUGCGUUUUCAAUGGAAGAUCGCUUAUUCAAGAAAUGCAGAAGUACGGCAUCCACAAUAUGAAGGCUCCUCCGACGUUCUACACGAGCUACACGAGUCACACUACUGGGCUGAUGGUGGCAGUCAACUCCAGCCAGCAGCAAGCUGAUGUGGACCUUACAUACACCUGGGUAGCGCUGGUGAACGCGCAGACGUACGUGGAGGCCGGGGUGAACGGCACGCCCAUCUCGGCGGGCAUGGAGCACUGGGUCGGGCACGGCUCCAAGAGCAUGCUCAUCAACGAGGACGCGCGCAGCCUCAGUCAGCACCUGCUCGGCUGCCGCAUGUCCACGGAGAAGCUCAAAUACUUCCCGUAUUACAGCAAGAAGUACUGCCUGGUGGAAUGCGAGAUCGCGCGGACUAUCAGCCGAUGCCAGUGCGUCCGGCUGACGCAUCCUCGUCCUCCCAUGAUCCGGCACUGCACCGCCAGAGAUCUGUCCUGCGUCAAAUAUGCUGCAGUGCCAUUCGACAACGACCAGUGCAACUGUCCUCCCACAUGUGACACAGACAUCGACAAUUUUGGAGUACAGAACUAUCCGCUGAUGGAGGGCUCCUACUCAAUGGACAAAUUCUAUGAAGGGCUGGACUUCUCAAAGGUGAGCAUCGUCCGUGCACACGUCCUGCACCGCAACACCGUGCGGUACAUCCGCCGCUCCUACUUCACCUCCUAUGAUCUCUUCUCUCAGCUAGGGGGGGUGUUCAAUCUGUUCUUCGGCUGCAGCAUCCUAACACUCCUCGAGCUACUGCAGCUGGCGUGGUACGGAGUCAGGUACUGCAUUGACAGGAAGAAGAAGAUACGCUUCCCUUCUCUGCAGCCCAUCAAGAAGAAGAAGAAUAACGGCAUAAAGAAGAUACUCAAUAAGGGACAGGUUUUUAAGGUCAAGAAAUAGUGACUUGUUUAAGUUCAUGAUCGUUAAUUUAAGAGCGCUUUUGUCCGUGUAGAUUUCUCCAUAAGAAUGGAUCGAUAAGAAUCGUUUAAAGGCUAAUUAUUUUGACUUUCUUAUAAGACACGACGUUCGCCUUCUCUCAAGUUACAUUAGAAUUGAAUAGUAUUUGUGGAAUGGAAAUAA